AUGUUAAUUGUGCCUCUGAUGGAGUGUUCCUUCUCCGCAGGUCUCCGCGGCCGUAACGCAGGACUACCAAGGUUCGUCCCAAGAGACUCAGCGCUCAACGCGGUGGAAUCUAUGUCUUCUCUCUUGAAUGCCAUCAUGCACGCGAGGCUCCUGGAACCUUGUUUCACGAUUAUUCUAGAACACGAACACAAAGCUCAUACAAAAAUCUCAAUCCAUCCCGGGAGAGCCUUUCUCAUACAAUUGUCUUCUUAUUGCACAGUUGCAGAUAUCAACUGCGAUUUCAGCGGCGAUCCUGACGGCCUGGGCCAGGAGAGGCUCUCGGCGCGGCUCAAGAAGCCCCCGGCCUUCAAGGGGCACCCGCUCUUCGCCGACGACAGGAGGGCCGACCCCUUCAGCGACGGCGAGUGCCAGAUCCGCCAGGACGCGGGCGACGCGUCCGGGCUGGUGUACAACCUGCUGGUGACGGACCUGACCAAGUGCGGCGUCGUCAGGAAAGAUGGCUACGUGAACCUCCGCGUGUGGUUCCCACAACUCGAGGGCGUGGUGCUGGCCACCGACCAAGAGGUCAUCAUCAUGUGCAAGCCAGCUUCGCCGACUAUCAUCGAGAACCGAGCGGCCGGCUUUGCAGGAGCCCUGCCGUCGGCGGGGCGAGUGUCAGGCGUGGUGGAGGAGACUCCAGGGCGCCUGGAGUACGAGGUGGCGCUGUACCGAGAGGUCAAGGCGCGGGCGGGGGAGACCCACACCCCGGUGGACCAGGCAGUACCCAUUGGGACUCGACUGCAACUACGCGCCAAAAUCAACACUCAGUCCACUUGGAAAUACGUGAAACUAAUGGAGGUGACGGUCUCGAGCGACCCGGCCGACCCGUACGCCCCGGGCCACGUGUCGCUGGUCAAGGAUGGGUGCCGACUGCCGGACUUCUCCUCGAUCGUGCCGCAACAGCCGCGACGCCCCAGCGAGGACACGGGCGAGGUCAGGCUCGACUUCGAGGCCUUCAUGCUCAACUCCAAGAUGGCCGGCUCCUCGCAGCUGUGGAUCCACGCCUCCGUCAAGGCCUGCAUCGACUCCAGGGACUGCCUCCCCGAGUUCUGCUUAGACCUCUUCCAGCCAUCGGGUCACGGUCGACGCCGGCGCCGAAGGACGACCUUCUACGCUGACGGCAUCCUCGAGGUGUCGGCUGCCCACAACACCUCGCUCUCCACGCUACUCCCUUCGCGCCGCCCGCGGGCCCGUCGCCCGCCGCAGACGCCAGCUGCCCGCAGCCAGAUGACGUACCAAAGGCAUGGCGGAGGAGAUCCCAAACAGGGAUCUGAAAAAGUUGCUGAUCACAAAGUCGAAUACUUUUGUCAGGUCGAUGAAGGCGACAUACAGAAUCAUUUGUUGCUCUUAACAUUUCUCCUGCAGCUACAGGUCUACUGUAGAUCUGUGAGCACGGAAGCUACAUUAUUUCAGAGGCGCUGUUUUGCUUUCAGAGGGCCCAAGGGCUUUCUUGAUGCCUUCGUACAUCCCUCUGGUAUUGCCUGUGAGUACUACAGUCUGGAUUUCUUCACAAAGCUGCAUCCAGUUUCGGAAGGGAACGCCACUCUAAAUUUCCUCCCGGAAGCAAAGGCCUUGUCUGCAAGCGCUCCGGGCUCCUCGGCCAAGAUCGGAGACAACAUCGGCGUUACUGUCAUUAUGCCAGAAGAAUUCUUCAGCAAAACGGAAGCAAUGUACCAGUCCUGCGCCACUUUCAUGGUCCUCUCCGGUUUCCUGGGACUUAGUCUGCUGCUGGCCGCUGGCUUCCUCUGCUUCCUCACAGCCCGGCUGCACAAAACCGUGGUGCACGCCCACACCUCUAAUCUGGAUACGGUUAUCAAAGAGCAUCACCAUAAGUACGGCGUGAGAGACUUCCUGGACCCUCCUUUCCAAUGA